ACAUUCGGACAUUGUUACACUGAAUGCCAGAAAAUGCCGAGGAAAACGAAGUAACCAUAAGCUAGCGCUAAGCUGAAUGCAGUUUGAUAAAGAAUAAGUGACGAAAAGCAAAUUCUACAGAAAUCUUAGGAAUCAAUGCUGGUCCAACAAUGUAUGAAACUUUUCUGACAGGUGUUGCUUCCAGACUUCCAGAAUCAGAAAACAUUGAUGAGUUCUGGGAAAACUUAAUUCUGGGAAAAGAUUUGAUAAGAGGAACAAGAUGGCCAAGGGAACUCCAUGGCACACCUCCAAGAGUAGGAUUGAUAAAGAAUAUUGAUAAGUUUGAUGCAGAAUAUUUCAAUUUAGAGGAAAAUGAGGUUCAUCACAUGAAUCCCAUGUUGCGACACUUAUAUGAGGUUUGCUGUGAGUGUGUUGUGGACUCAGGCCUCAGUUUGCCCGCGCUACAGAAUAACACCACAGGACUUUAUCUAGCCUGCUUUCUACCUGACAGUGAUGCUCUUGAAACAUCAAGAGAAACCAUCUCAAAGCUAUGCACAACAGUACCUAUGAUGGCUGGUCAUCUGAUGGAAUACUUUAGCUUCAACGGUCCUAUGAUGACGGUGGACACAGGAUGUAGCUCCAGUUUGUCUGCUCUGGAAAUGGCUGUCAGUGAUCUAAAUGCUGGAAAAUGUCAGUUUGCUAUGGUUGCAGGUGUCAACCUUUUGCUUAAUCCAAGUUAUUUUCAACAAAUGGUGCAGCUGGGCAUGCUCAACCCCUCUGGCCACAGCAAUGUGUUUGAUGCCAAGGCUGGGGGAUAUGUCAGGGCCGAGGGGGUGGUGGCAGUUUUACUCACAAGGAAUGUUACCAUUUGCAAACGUGUGUAUCUGAGUAUGAUUGACAUUCUCACCAACUGUGAUGGCUUCAAAUCAGAAGGAAUCACCUUUCCAAAUAGUCAGUCUCAAGCAAACUUGAUGUCUACAAUUUACAACAGAAAUGACAUUGAUGUUAACAAUGUAGCAUAUGUAGAGGCUCACAGCACUGGUACUAAGGCUGGGGAUCCAGUGGAAGCAAGUGGUAUAGUCCAGGCCCUCUGUGAGGGCAGACACAAACCUUUGUUGGUUGGGUCAGUCAAGGCUAGUAUGGGGCACAGUGAGGCUACUGCAGGUUUAGCGAGUUUGGUGAAAUGCAUCAUGAUAGCAAGACAUGGAACUAUUCCACCACAGAUCAAUUUUAAUUCACCAAACCCUAAAAUAGAUGGAAUUUCACAAGGAAAGAUCAAAGUGGUGGACAAAGCAAUGCCUUUAACCGAUGGAUACAUAAGUUUGAAUUGCUUUGGAUAUGGAGGUGCCAAUGGGCAUGCCGUGUUAAAGCCUUACAGAAAACAGCAGACUUACAAAGAUGUAACACAUAGUCUGGUUACCAUCCAUGCCAGAAAUGAGAGAGAAAUGGAGUCUAUUGUGGACUUUGUCAGGAAGAAUAGGAAGAGUGUCUCUUCACUGGCUCUGUUGUCCAAUUCCUGGCUGUCACAUGACCCCAAAAGACCCAUUAGAGGAUACAUAAUAGCAGAACAUCAAAAUAAUGGUAUUAGCCAUAAGGUGUCUAAACACAUCUCCUUGAUUCCAUCUGUAUGGCUGUUGUUAAGAGAUGUUAUGUUUGAGAAGUUGGCCCCUUCACCAUCUCUCCUAGAAAAUCCUGUUUUCAGGAGAUCAAUUCAAGCUUCUCAGGAGAUUCUGACCAGAAUAGAUGAAACAUUUCAACUGACACAAAUGCUGACUAAGGGACCUGCUGCAUGUCAAAUAAAUGAGAGAAUUGUCCUUGCCAUUUCUUCAUUAAUAGGUUUAGUAGACACCGUUACAGAAGGAAAUGUCCCCGUUCAGGGAGUAGUGGGGUGUGGUCUGUCAGAAAUUGUAGCAGGAUACAAAGAUGGCUGCCUUGACAGAGAGCAGUGUGUUCGAUUAGCAUACUUGAUAGGACAGCAAAUAGAGGCAUGCUCAAAAACAGAUCAUCAGGGGAGAUAUUCUGUUUAUAAAACCACUUUGAAUCCUGAGGAUAUCUACUGUCUUGGGCCCUUCACCAGAGUCCUCUCAGUGAUUGGUCAAGACACGUUUGUCAUAGCAGUGGACAACAAACAUAAAGACGGGGUGUUAAAAACCAUUCAUGAUAAAGGCGGUUAUUAUUCAGAACUAAAAGACAGACUUCCUCUGUGCAGUGAUUGGAUGGAAGGUUUGGUUGAUGGUAUAGAGGAACAAGCCCAGGAGAUUUUAAACAGCCCUAAAUGCAGAUCAAAGAAUAUGCUGAGCCUGUCCCAGGACUAUGCCUAUGGUUGCCAGUCCAGAGUUAAGAGUUUGUUGGACUGGGAUUAUCUGAGAAGAGUUCUGCUCACCCCAGCCACAGUCACAAGUUUGAUGGCCACUCUGCCAGCUGACACGAGUUUAGUGGACAUCAACCUUUCCAGGCUCACUGAUCCCAAAAGACUGGAGAAACAUUUUGUCUUUGACCCUAUUGUGUGUGCUGGGGAUCUGAAAUCUGUCCUGAGGAUGCUGGGAGAGAUACACUUAUUAGGUCAUGAUAUAUCAACACAGUGUUUAUAUGAUGUGUCCUUCCCCCUGGAUGUCUCUGCUCCUUCCUUAAGUCCGUUGGUAAAGUGGAACCACAGUGAAUCAUGGCUGAUACCGGAAUGGCCAGAAUUCUAUUGCAGGGUGAAGGAUGAUGUGGAGGUGCCGUAUACCAUUAGUGAUCUGGAGACGGAAGGAAUCCACUCCAAACAGGGGGUGCUGUUGUACCAUGCCUUGAUUGCUAUCAAUGAAAAACACAACAAGACACAUGAGCUGACCAGUGGUAUGGAGUUGCUGGACAUGGUGUGGACAGUGGAGGAGAUUGACCAUGAGGACAUUGACAGCACUGACUCUAUACAUGUACAGACUGGCGGCAAAUCAUUUGUCGUAGAGAAAGGAGAAACUGUACUGCUUUCUGGGAAGUACAGGAUAUAUGAACCAGAAGAAAAGGUCAUUUUACCCAAAAUUCCUGGCUAUGAUCUCGAUGUCAAUGAAAAUCUAAAGGGAGGUGAUGAAGACAGAGUUUUUAUGCAAAAGACAGAAAUAACAUGGGAGGAUAGCUGGUUGGAUUUUUUAGACACACUUUUGGAGUUCUCCAUGCAGUGGCUUGAUGGACCAUUGUUCAGGAUGUGGGUGGAUCCAGCUUCUCAUAUGAAGAAGAUAAAGGACUGCGCUAAUUUGUUGGCAGUGUUGGAGGGAAAUACAGGACUCUGUAAGGCAGGUGAUCUGGUUUUACACACUAAGGUCAGUCAGUCGAGGAAUAAGGACAGGGAGAAAGCUGUCAAGUUAAACGGAAUGGAGAAUUCCAAAGUGAGUCUGCUGAUGCUGUACACCAUUGAAUCAGUUGCCCCUGGUAACCACAGAGUGUUGAUGUAUCAGGGAGAAAACGCAAAGGAAGAAGUCAAUGGAAUUAUCUCAAUUACAGAUGAUGAGAUAGUGGGGCAGGAGUUCCCCCUCAGUAUGGGCUGGAGCCCAGAAGAUCUGGAGCAGCUGAUUCCAUACAUACUGGCAGUCCACCUACUGCUGGAUGUGGCCAAAAUCAAAGAGAACCAGACCCUGCUUAUAAUGCCUCCUAUUGAUACCCUGUGUAUAUACUUGAUGGCAAUAGCCAAUGAACUGGAGGUCAGUAUAUUUACCUCCAGUUUUGAUGCGGAGAUCCGUAAUGUCAUCAGCAAUCUGUUCCCCUAUGUCAGGGUAGUGGCUGGAGAAAGGUUAGAACAAAACAUCAAGACCCUAACACAAGGGGAAGGCUGCGAUGUUGUCAUCAAGUUUACCAGUUCAGAUUUCCAGUCAGCGAUUAAUCUGACAUCAGCCAAUGGUAAGUUGAUCUGCUGUACCCUGCCCAGCCCCCGGGAGGAGGUGACCCUCACCAAGGACUGCUCCCUUAUUGUCCCUGACCUCUCCAAGGCCGUCAACAGCUACAUACAGAAAAGUCCACAGGAAAUACAGCUAUUUUUAUACAACAUGCAAAAUGGAUCAGUGGCAGAGAUGUCCAGAGAGGGUUUUCCGGAGGUCCAAGGACUGAAGUAUGUUUUGGCAGAUCGUUCUAAUUUCACCCGCCCUGUGGAGUUGAGUCAAGUUCUGUCAAUUAUUGAGGAUCCCAUUGUGAAUCUGAGUAACCAGGGUAUAGCGGAGAUGAUGGAAGCUGAUGCCAUUGCCAUGCAUAGGUUACAGACUGCAAUUACAACAAAACCCAAAGACUUCUUACUUCUUGCAAAUGAUAGCUCAGACAAAGAGAACCAGUUUGACAGCUUUAAUCCACUGAAUAUUGCCCAGGUACCUACCCCUAAACUCCCCACAUCUGAGGCACGGGAUGAAAUCAAGCUUAUUUAUCUGCCAGAGGUCAGUCUCCAGGAUUACGACGAAGUAUUUAACUCCUCAACAGAAGAGUGUGUCACUCCUUUCCUUCCAACACCCAUUAUCACUAUCACAGAUGAGACUGACACAGGUUCAAAAGUCAUAACCUCCACUCCUGUGCAUGGAUUGGCUGUGGGUCAGAGAAAGAAUCUGAUGCCUCCUUCUUUGAAAGAGACCACAGGAAAAAUGGCUCAGUUAACUAUUCCUAGGUUAACUAUUCCUUCAGCAAUUUCCAGCUUCAAGAAAGGGACCAAGAUGAGCCUCAUUAUAUAUCCCUCACCAACACCUCUAGCCCUAACCCCAGCUCUUAAAACACUCCUGACCCCACAAACCAAUGAACCUACCAUUGUGCCUCUCAAUGAGGAGGAAAAACAGCCAGCAAUGUUUUGUGUUCAUCCUAUCACUGGUAAGCUAAAACUGCUGAAACCCUUAGGGAGUUUACUUCAGUACCGAUGUUAUGGGAUACAAAGAACACAUAUUACCCCGCAAGAUUCUAUUCCCAGUGUGGCUAGCUAUUACAAGAAUGCAGUGCAGAUGUAUCAAGAAAAUGGUCCUUACUUUCUGAUUGGUUAUUCAUUUGGGUCAUUCAUUGCCAUAGAGAUGGCCAUUCAGUUUCAGGAACAAGGGUCAAAAGUAGGAUGUUUGAUUCUUCUUGAUGGGGGUCCAGCUUAUUUUCACAAUCAGUUCAGCCAUGGAGUUCAGGCAGCUUCAAAAGAAGAGGAAAUGGACUAUCUGGAGUGUGGUGCUCUUAUAAACUUUCUGCAGAUGUAUGCAGCUGUUCCCAGUACUAAACUGAUUCUGAAGAUCCUGCUCUCCUUGAAGACUUUACCAGAGCGCAUUGAUCUGAUCUUAGAUAUGACGUUUGGACGUGUUAUUGUCAGUCCAAAUCCAGCGAAAUCAAGGUGGCUGAUUGCCAAACAGAAAAUAAAAAUGAAGGGUUUUAUUACUCCCCCUAAGAUGUAUGGCUUCAGUGAUGCAGCAGAAGAACUGGUCCGAUUGAAACGGAGGGAAGCUGCCAAAGAUUUUGUGACCAGUGUAAAGAUUGGCUACAAAUACCGCAAUACGGGGCAAAAAUUUCAAGGAGAUAUCCAUUUAUUACGCAUUAAGACUGAUCUCCCACUUCCCACCCCGAUCCCAAUGGAUUAUGGACUGAAAGACUGGUGCACUGGAAAUGUGAAUGUGAGGUUUUACAAUGGAACACACGAGUCCUUCCUCAAAGAUGAUGAUGGAAAGGCUGUGGCCAAGGAAAUCAUGGAAAUUAUAAAGGACUGUUAAGGCUGAAAACUGCAAAAAUCAGGGGUGCAGUCCUCCAUAAAAGCUGCUGAAGUUUGAAUCAGUUUCAAACCACACUUAAAAUUUUAUGAACUUUUGAUAUUAUGUCUGAAAUGUUUGUACUUAACACUUUGGAGAAAAAUAUUUGGCAAUAUGUACAUAAAAAAUAUUCAGUAAAAAUUGUUGAUAUUUAUUAAAUGCUAUCUGAU